AUGGUGAUACUCACCGAUAACCACUUCAAUAACACCUUCUCCAACAACUCCUACAACGACUCCAACAACAACUCCCACGACAACUCCAACAACAACUCCAACAACAACUCCGACAACAACACCAACGACAACACCACCAACAACUCCCACGACAGCUCCAACAACAACUCCAACAACAACUCCCACAACAACUCCAACAACAACUCCAACAACAUCUCCAACAACAACAGCCACGACAACUCCAACGACAACUCCCACAACAACUUCAACAACAACUCCAACAACAACUCCAAAAACAUCUCCAACAACAACUCCAACAACAACUCCAAAAACAUCUCCAACAACAACUCCAACAACAACUCCAACGACAACUCCAACAACAACUCCAACAGCAACUCCAACAACAACUCCAACAACGACUCCGACAACAACUCCAACAACAACUCCCACAACAACUCCGACAUCAACUCCAACAACAACUCCAACAACAACUCCAACAACAACUCCAACAACAACUCCAACGACAACUCCCACAACAACCCCCACAUCAACUCAAACAACUACACCGAUGACUACAUCUACGGCAACGCCUUCAAAGCGGCGAGGGCUAUUGGGAUCGCGCGAGUUGUUCCGCAGUCGACACAGGCCUUUGUUUCCUACAUUAAAGCCGUUCCCAACUUUAUUGCCGUUACCUACGUUGAAGCCGUUACCCACAUUAUUGCCGCUUCCAACACUAUUUCCGUUACCUACGUUAAAGCCGUUCCCAACGUUACCGCCGUUACCUACGUUAAAGCCGUUGCCAUUAUUUCAGUCUUUGGACCGUUGGUUUAA